CUAAGUGUUGCAUCCGGAAGUUUACCGUGCAACAUACUAGCAGUGUUUUUAUAUUUAGCUCAGUCCGUUUAUUCUAACGUUUCUUUCUCAACGGCUCAUUUCCAGCCAAAGCAACAAUGUCCGAAAGAAAAGUAUUGAAUAAAUACUACCCUCCGGAUUUCGAUCCAUCAAAAAUCCCAAAGCUCAAACUCCCCAAAGAUCGUCAGUAUGUGGUCCGAUUGAUGGCUCCAUUCAAUAUGAGGUGUAAAACAUGCGGUGAGUACAUCUACAAGGGGAAAAAGUUCAACGCACGUAAAGAGACUGUUCAGAAUGAGUUGUACAUGGGACUGCCAAUCUUCCGUUUCUACAUCAAAUGUACUCGGUGUCUUGCUGAAAUUACAUUUAAGACUGACCCAGAGAACACAGACUAUGCGAUGGAGCACGGUGCAACACGAAACUUCCAGGCAGAGAAACUUAUUGAGGAGGAGGAGAAGAGAAUCCAGCAGGAGAGAGAAGAAGAAGAACUAAACAACCCCAUGAAGGUGUUGGAGAACCGUACAAAGGAUUCAAAGAUGGAGAUGGAGGUCCUGGAAAACCUCCAGGAGCUGAAGGAGCUGAACCAGAGGCAGGCUCAGGUGGACUACGAGGGAAUGAUCAGCCAGUACAGAGAGUUGGAGAAGAGAGAGAGGGAAAGGGAGAAAGAGGAGGAUGAACGUGAAACAAAAGAGAUGUUGGACCGAGCCCUUGUGAAAAGACUCAGAGACUCUGACUCUGAUUCAGAAAAAGAAGAGGAGAGCAGCAGCACAAAAUCAAUGAAGUCCAGCUCAGACAAACCAACAGAUAUACUCACUACUGACAAACCACCAGAGGUACAGGGAGCCUCAGCUGCAGGAGUGAAGAGGGCCAAGACGGAGAGCUGGGAGAGGAGUGUCGGGACUCUGGGCGGCGGGGGAGCACUCGGCUCCCUGGUCGUACGAAAGAAACCAGCAGUGACCGUCAGCAAACCCAGUCCUGUAGUGACGGCUGCUGCUCCCACCUCUCAGAGAGACUCAAAAGCAUCGACAGCCGACUCCGCAAAUACUUCUAAACCCGUCGCCACACAAAAUGGCUCGUCAUCUCUCAGCCUGCUGGGGGCGUAUUCAGACAGUGACAGCAAUGACAGCGAAUGAGAAGAAGAUGAAAUGCGUGACUGACACAUAAUUGUAUAAGUGGUGCAGAAAGGAACAUAAUGAUAUGGCCCUUUUUGUAAUAUUGUACAGAAAAUGAAAUCGUGCAUAAACCAGUUAGUGGGUGGCUGUGUGUGUUGGUGGGUGGUUGUUAGCAGAGAUCCAAAAUCCAGUAAAACAAGAGCAAUUUUAGUGCAUCCACUGAAGAAGGCACCUGUUCUUCUUGAGACCUUAACCUAGAAAAAUAUGUUGGAGUUUAUGUGAGGUAAAUUUGCCCUGUGACAAUAUCAGCUGUAUAUUUCAGUGUUUAUUAAACUCUGUUCAAUACUUUGCACCUGA